GAGGAAAGUUUGUGCCUUAUAAGCACAGGGUGAGCAAAGAUCUGAAGAAGGACCUGAAAAAGCCUUUCCUGCCCAAGAAUGGAAAACAGUGCCACCACCAUCUCUCGGGAGGAGCUUGAGGAACUACAAGAAGCAUUCAAUAAGAUCGACAUUGACAACAGCGGCUAUGUCAGUGACUACGAACUUCAGGACCUGUUUAAGGAAGCCAGCCUGCCUCUCCCUGGCUACAAAGUGCGUGAGAUCGUGGAGAAAAUUCUAGCGGUUGCUGACAACAACAAAGAUGGCAAAAUCAGCUUUGAAGAGUUCGUGUCGCUAAUGCAAGAAUUGAAAAGCAGGGAUAUCAGCAAAACUUUCCGAAAGAUAAUUAACAAGCGGGAAGGAAUCACAGCGAUCGGAGGCACUUCCUCCAUUUCCAGCGAGGGUACCCAGCAUUCAUACUCAGAGGAGGAAAAAGUAGCUUUUGUGAACUGGAUAAACAAAGCCCUGGAGAAUGACCCUGACUGUCGGCACCUCAUCCCCAUGGACCCGGGUGACAAUAGCCUUUUCAAGUCACUGGCAGAUGGCAUCCUCCUUUGCAAAAUGAUCAACUUGUCUGAACCGGAUACUAUUGACGAAAGGGCCAUCAACAAGAGAAAGCUGACCCCCUUCACUGUUUCUGAAAAUUUGAACCUGGCACUGAAUUCCGCCUCUGCCAUCGGCUGCACUGUGGUCAACAUCGGUGCCCAGGAUCUCAAAGAAGGAAAACCUCACUUGGUCCUGGGCCUUCUCUGGCAGAUCAUUAAAGUCGGUCUCUUCGCCGAUAUUGAACUCUCCAGGAAUGAAGCUCUGAUCGCACUGCUCAGCGAGGGUGAGGAGCUGGAGGAGCUGAUGAAGCUGUCCCCUGAGGAGCUGCUGCUGCGCUGGGUCAACUACCACCUCAGCAACGCAGGCUGGCGCACCAUCAGCAACUUCAGCCAGGACAUCAAGGAUUCAAAAGCCUACUUUCAUCUGCUCAAUCAGAUUGCCCCUAAAGGUGACCGAGAAGGCCCUGCCGUUGACAUCGACCUUUCAGGGCUCAAUGAGAAGAAUGACCUGAAGCGAGCUGGCCUCAUGCUUCAGGAAGCCGACAAACUCGGCUGCAGGCAGUUCGUUUCUCCGGCCGAUGUGGUUUCAGGCAACCCUAAACUUAACUUAGCUUUUGUAGCGAAUCUUUUUAACACCUACCCCUGCCUACACAAGCCUGACAAUAACGACAUCGAUAUAAACUUACUGGAAGGAGAGAGCAAGGAAGAGAGGACCUUCCGGAACUGGAUGAACUCCUUGGGGGUCAACCCAUACAUUAAUCAUUUGUACAGUGACCUGGCAGAUGCUUUAGUGAUCUUCCAGCUCUAUGAAAUGAUCCGAGUGCCGGUGAACUGGAGCCAGGUCAACAAACCUCCCUACCCAGCGCUCGGAGGAAAUAUGAAAAAGAUUGAAAAUUGUAACUACGCUGUGGCGCUUGGAAAAAACGAAGCCAAAUUCUCCUUGGUGGGCAUUGCUGGACAAGACCUAAAUGAAGGGAAUUCAACCUUGACCCUGGCAUUGGUUUGGCAGUUGAUGAGAAGGUACACACUGAAGGUAUUAUCCGAUCUUGGAGAAGGAGAAAAAGUGAAUGAUGACAUUAUUAUUAAGUGGGUCAAUCAGACUCUUAAAAAUGCAAACAAAAGCACUUCUAUUUCCAGCUUUAAGGAUAAAUCAAUUAGCACAAGUUUACCUGUCCUAGACCUGAUAGAUGCCAUUGCUCCAAAUGCGGUUCGUCAAGAAAUGGUCAAGAGAGAAAACCUUUCCAAUGAGGACAAACUGAACAAUGCUAAAUAUGCCAUCUCAGUUGCUCGAAAGAUCGGCGCCCGGAUCUAUGCAUUACCUGAUGAUCUCGUAGAAGUGAAACCAAAGAUGGUGAUGACGGUGUUUGCGUGCUUAAUGGGAAAAGGGCUGAACAGGAUAAAAUAAUGCAACAUGUAAUAUGCUUUGCUGCCACACUAAACACCGGAAUGCCUC